AUGAUCUACAUAACGUGGGAGCAAGUCCGGUUUAUUAGUCAUCUCCAAUUUUACGUGGAGAUAUCCCUAGCAUUAAUUGGUUGCCCAAUAGCCAUGCUUAGUAUGUACUUGAUACUAACACAAUCACCUAAACAGUUCAAAUUCUUCAAACACUUACUGUCCUGCCUGGUUAUAUCAAGGUUCUUGACUACGUUCUCAUUGGCACUGAUCCAGCCAAAAACGAUACCACAUUACUUUGGUGGCUACAUGCAGGGUCCGAUUGGUGGACUAAUAAGCGAUGAAGUUGGCUACUUUUUAGGCCUAAUGUUUUGUGUUUCGAGUGUAAUGAUCGACGGUAUAUUGGGCGUGAUUGGCUUUACUGUUCAGACGUUAGCAUUAAAGGUUGGUUUAUAUUUUUGACAACUUCAACUCUAACCUCACAAACUGUGAGACUAAGCUGAAGAUUAGGCUUGAUUUUGAGACAGAGCUUGUGCCUGAGUCUGAGUCUGAACCUGAGCCUAAGCAUGAGCCUGAGCUCGAGCCUGGGCCUGGGCCUGGGCCUGGGCCUGGGCCUGGGCCUGGGCCUGGGCCUGGGCCUGGGCCUGGGCCUGGGCCUGGGCUUGAGCUCGUGCCCGAGCUCAAGCCUAAGCCUAAGCCUAAGCUUAAGCCUGAGAAUAAGCCUGAAGUUGAGCAUGAGCCUGAGCCUGUGCUUCUGCUUGAGCCUUAACCUCAGUCUUAAUCUUAGCCAUGCUUUUAAAUCUAACAAUUGUUUUUGAUUUUAAUUUUUGCCGUGACCUUACUUUAGCUAUACCUAAGCUUUACCCUAGCCUAGUUUUAAUCUUAAGUUUGCUAUAUUUCCUCCUUGCUCACUGUAAUAUUAAUAGCAUUAAUCUUCCAAAAAACUCAAUUUUAGGUUCACAAACCAGCCUUCAUUCAUUGGGUAGAUGAAGGAAAGAACUCUCUCUACCUUCUGGCCUCAAUAGUCAUCUUUGUCCACAUCCUGGCAGCAUUGGAAGUCUAUACCGUGCUCAACAACGUCCAAGUCCGUAGCUUUGACGAUCCGAUUCUAACUCGACUUCAAUCCACUCACGUCAGUUUCUACGCUUCUGAAGUCACCGAGCAUGGUGCAAUAUUGUACCGUGGUAGUUGCUUAUCAGUACUAGCUGUUUCAAUUUGCCUAACAGCUUACGCUGCUUACAAAUCGUCGAUGGAAGUUAAGCGUAACAAAAGUAUUGUCAUGAAAAAGACGUAUCAGAUGCAGAAGGAUGUCCAUCGCUUCUUAAUCUACAUCUUUGUCUACAACUGCUUCUUCUUCUAUGUGCCAAUCUUUAUUAUACAGUUGAGUGAUUUAUCACCUUUUCUAGCCUACAUUGUAACACCUUUUGCCUCAUCAGUACUCAUCGCUUAUGGCAUUGUGCAUGGUGUGGCCGUACUGAUGCAUAUCAAGUUUUACAAGAAUUGGAUCUUGUUAAAGGUCUUUAAACGUCAUAAUGUCAAAAUUGAAAGAUAUACGAGUAGUGUGGUUAACUGA